UAGAAACAAGGAAAGGUAACUCUUAAAAUCAAAAAUGGCAGCCUCCACAGUUACAGCGAGAGUUUGUGAAACAACAAGCUGCAGUAAAGACGCCAAACUUCAAUGUCCAACUUGUAUCAAACUUGGAAUACCUGGAUCAUAUUUCUGCAAUCAGGAAUGUUUCAAAAGUUUUUGGCAAGAACAUAAAAAAGUUCACAAAAAAGCAAAAAAUGAGGCGAAGACGAUAGAACAGCAGUUACUGGAACAUCAGAAGUCCCUGUGGGCAGGUGUUCGCUUUACAGGACCUCUCAGACCAGGAACUGUGCCUGAGAUGAGAACUGUUCCAGAUCAUAUACCUAGACCAGACUAUGCCUCACAUCCAGAAGGAGAACCAUUGUCAGAGAGAGCAAUGCGAGGUAACAACAGUAUCAGGAUCCUCACUGAUGAAGAACAAGAGGGGGUGAGGCAAGCUUGCAGGAUAGGCAGGGAGGUGUUAGAUAUCGCAGCAAAGACUAUUGGAAUAGGAGUGACUACUGCUGAAAUUGAUACAGCUGUUUAUGAUGCAUGUAUAGACAGACAAUGUUAUCCAUCACCUUUGAAUUAUUACUGUUUUCCUGCAUCAUGUUGUACGUCAGUAAAUGAGGUUAUAUGUCAUGGAAUUCCAGACUCAAGAAAACUAGAAGACGGUGAUAUUGUAAAUGUGGAUAUAUCAGUAUACUAUAAAGGUUACCAUGGAGAUUUAAAUGAGACAUUUUUCGUUGGUAAUGUCGAUGAAAAGUACAAGAAGUUAGUUAAAACAACAUGGGAAUGUCUAGAUCUUGCAAUUAAAGAAGUAAAACCAGGUGUGAGAUACAGGGAUAUUGGAGGCGUGAUACAGAAACAUGCACAAGCUCACGGUUUCUCAGUAGUCAGAAGUUAUUGUGGACAUGGAAUUCAUCAGUUGUUUCACACAGCUCCGAGUGUACCACACUAUGCCAAAAAUAAAGCAAUUGGUGUGAUGAAACCAGGUCAUUGUUUCACUAUAGAACCUAUGAUCAAUGAAGGAACAUGGAGGGAUGAGACUUGGCCUGAUAAAUGGACUGCAGUAACAGAGGAUGGUAAAAGAUCAGCUCAGUUUGAACAUACACUGCUUGUAACAGACACUGGCUGUGAAAUACUGACUAGAAGAUUGGAAAAAGAUGGUCAGCCUCAUUUCAUGGACCUGAAAUAAUGCUUCUGUUUUCACAUAGAUCCAAAAUUUGUUGAAGUAUCUAGAAAGAGAAUGGAUUUCGUUGAUGUGUUACCUGUUUCAUCAGCUGGCAUAUGGUGCCAAAGAGAUAUUUUGUAAUGUCAGUCUUCAGGAAUAUUACCAGAGAAUACAUCUUAUUGUAUGAUUUUCUGAAUAAAACCUGCUAUGUAACAAGAAUAUGUAUUCAGUACUAAGAACGCGUCUGCUGUAGCAGUUCAAUUUAAACUUCCUGCUUUGUAUCAAGUGUUCAAACUUCCUCAUAAUGGAUGUUUAACUUAAAGAAGGUUCUUCCAAAGCUUUCAUUUAGUGAUUUGAACUUAGUUAUGCUGUAACCUAGAUAGUAAGUCUUUGAUUAAUUGUAACACCAUUGCGGCUGCAAAGCAGGGAACUCCAUGGGAAGAGGUGAAAGGUGUUUAUUUCUUACCACUUGCCCUUUAAAUCUGCAUUUGCCUUUUCUCUCGUGUGAGGAAUCUGUCCAGCUGGCUUCUGGUAGUGGGGUGGCUCUCCCAUGGUGCUUGCAUAUGCUGAUGCUUAGAUGGACAUCUGUGAUCUUCCUACACCAUUGCUAUGUUACUUAAAUCGUGUCGGUGUGAAUUUCAAAAUGCCUACCAAAGAACUUCGUAAAUCAGGAGCCGGGUAGAUGCUUUUUGAUUAUUUGGUUGUAAGUAUUCAGUAGAAUGUCUGUAGGCUUCCAUGGUGGUGCACUUAGGUGACUGACAUCCAGUAACUUGCACCUAUUUUACAACUGUGUGUUUGGGGAUGUAAAACCUAGUGGAGAUGUAGAAUUGUUUUUUAAAAGAGUAUAUGCUGCUGUACUGAAGGUCAGUAAUUCUAUCCAGGUGCCUUACUCCACCUGAAGUAAUAUCCAGGGGUGUUCCUCCGCAAUGAAAAAUGGGAAAAUUGCUACAUAAUAUAACCUGAUGAUGAUAUGACUCAAAACCUAAUAAAAAAUGAAAUAUUUAGAAUGAAAUACAAACUUUCGACUAAUGCUGAGAUAUAUAAAUGAGGUGAAAUUGACAGAUUUAUCAGCAACAUUUGCAUUAAGAAAAAGUGUUACAGAAGUAUUAAACUAAAGAUAAAGUUUACAUAUUUAUAGCCUUAUAACUGCAUUUGUAUUGAAAUUUCAGAAAGACAUAAUCAUCCUGUGAAAAAUUGGCUUUUACAUAUUUCAGUUCUAUUUAUAUCCACCUUUAGAAUAUCGUUAAUUCUUUUGAUCUAUGUUGGACUUCAGUAAAAAUGAUGAUGUAUUAUCAGUGAUGUAGCAAAAAAGAUAGGCCUAAUGGGUUAUAGAUUUAAGACGAUGGUGUAAUAUUUUAUCACUUUUGUAGUAAUCCAUUAUUUUCCUCUUCAAGCAUAUCAAAAUGAAGAAGACAGAGUACUCUACCAUGGUGCUGUAUUAAUAAAAGUUUAUGCAUCAAGAAUUUGUAAAGGAAACAAAAUAUGAGCCAUGCCAUGGUAAAACCACAUAGUGGCUUUGUGACCAGCAUGGAUCCAGACCAGCCUGCGCAUCCGCUCAAUCUGGUCAGGAUCCAUGCUGUUCGCUUUCAAAGCCUAUUGAAAUUAGAGAAACUUUUAGCGAACAGCAUGGAUCAUGACCAGACUGCGCGGAUGCGCAGGCUGGUCUGGAACCAUGCUGGUCGCAAACCCACUAUGUUGGUUUUCUCAUGGCACGGCUCAAUUAUGUAAAACUAUUGAUAUCUUCAAACAGAUUAAGUUCUCUUAUCAGUACUUCAAAUGAGCAAACAUUUUGUGUGCAGUGUGGGAGUCCCAUAAACUACAAAAACGUUUCAAAAAUGUUAUCGGAAAUUGUUUAGAAAAAGAAUAGGGCAUAACAAAGGUGUUGCUAAGGCAUGCCCAUGGUGUAGGUGUGCAAAGGCACUCUAGUGGUGUAGCUGUGCUAAUGUGUUACAGUGCUGUAGCUAUGUUAAAGCAAGACUGUGGUGUAGCUGUGCUAAAGCAUAACAGUGGUUUAACAAUGCUUAAGUAUUACACUGGUCGUGGUGUAGCUAUGCUAAAGCAUGACUGAUGUUGCUAUGCUGAAGCAUGUCAGUGGUGUAGCUAUGUUAAAGCAUUACAGUGGUGUAGCUAUGCUAAAGCAUGUCAGUGGUGUAGCUAGCUAAAGCAUAACAGUGGUGUAGCUAUGGUAAGGCAGGACAGUGAUGUGGCCUUGCUCAGGCUCGCCAGUGGUGUAGCUAUUCUAAAGUACACCAGUGCCAUCUGUUUCCUUGUUUUCAAGUUCUCCAAAGGGUCAGCCAUUUGUGCUUUGUGUUUUGAACCCCAAGUUAUAAAAACAAACUUUCAUUUUCAUAGUCCAGUUGUUUUGAUUUUGCUCGAGAGCAUGUUGUUGAAGUAAAUUUUUUCUGUUUGAUAUGGAACUGUUAAUAAGCUAUCUAUAGGUUUUACAUUAACUUAAUUAUAGAAGACAAAAACACAGUUUUUACCUAUUUUGGAAGUCUCUAUUGGUAGUAAAAGAUGUUUUGUUUAUAAAGAUAUUCCAUAAUCAUUGUUAAAGGUUUUUUACUUUUUUAGCAAAUAUAGUUGAAACAAAAUAUGAAAGCUCCUUCUUAGUAAUGCGUUCAAUGAUGAGUCUUUAAUUAGCUAUAUAAGUUAAUCAAAUCGGAUUUUCAAAGGAAUGAAAACAGUUGAAUGUACUAAUUUUAAGUGAGAUUUUCCCUUUUUAUUCAGUUGAAUAUACUAAAAGUAGGAUUUUCCAAUUUUACUUUCAUCCCAUGUACUAUUGCUGAUUUUUUUAAUGAAUGUCAUAAAGAAAUUGAUAAAUUUCAAAAUAGACCAGUUACCCAGUCAUAACACUUUCAUUCAGCAUUGUUUUGCUGAAUAAUUUUUAUCUGAAUAAUUUUUGUUAUGUUCUUACAUUUGUUUGGUUAGAUGUAUUAACAUCAGUCAUAAUUAUAGCAUGUGAUUUGUAAACUAUCUUUGAAUAAAUUAUUUCAUAUAAAAA